AAAAUUGACUUAUGUACAGUAUUUAAUUGCAAUAAGACGGGUGGGAGAAGAGGAUCUAUAGGCUGGGAACGGAUAUUUUCUUCCUGGCUCCGCGAGGCUAACGUGUAACUUGCGUCCGCAAUGCGUUCAUCGAAUGUUGGGAAUGGUGCGAGUAGCUUCAAAUGUAUGGGAUCGACAUAAGCUGGGCUGCUUUUAAAAUUAUAGAACAGAUGGCUCAAAAAAAUAUAGAAAUCAAACGUGCUAGCUAUUUCGCAGCGAACGUUUCGAUUUCAGAAGACAACGAGUUGUUGUUGCUGAUGAUAAACAUCGUAAAAAAGGAUUUGUUGAAUUCUGACCUGUCAGUGUUUAGUUUAGCCGUUAAUUGUUUGUCGAACCUGUGCCCGGAGAGCAUGGCUAGAGUGGUUUUUCCAGACUUGCAGACGUUGUUGACGUCGUCACGCGCCUACGUCCGAAAACGAACGGUCUUGGCUCUUUGCAAGGUCUUCAAAAUUCAGGACAUACUUGCGUUCAAUUUUAGCUGUCUGAAGGAAAGGCUAGAGGAUAGCGACCAAACGGUUGUCUCAGCUGCACUUGGCACUGUCUGCGAGUUGGCAUCUAAAAAUCCGAAGGAUUACGUGAUUUUGGCGCCUGUUCUGUUCAAAAUAUUAUCGAGUUCGAAGCAGUAUUGGAACCUCAUCAAAGUGGUGAUGAUAUUUACCUAUAUUAUGCCCUGCGAGCCGAGGCUAGCAAAAAAGCUGGCCCCGACGUUGUCUGGCAUUUUAGAAAGCACUCCUUCCUCGACUCUCGCGUUCGAAUGCAUAAAGUGCUGCAUUUCCAAUUUGUCUCAUAUCGAUUUUGUUGUGAAUCAAUGUAUCAACAAGUUGGAUACCAUGUGCACUUCGGAAGAUGUCAACUUCAAGUACUUGAUGCUAGUUGCGCUGACAGGGUUUGUCCGAACCAAACCGAGUGCGCUUUCGCAUUUUUCCGGCGUUCUCUUUGAGUUGCUAGACCACUGCGACUACGUCAUAUCUACGAGGGCGCUCAACAUCAUCGUCCACAUGGCAGACGAAGAAACGUUGACGGACAUCGUCAAAAAGCUGCUCGAGUACUACCACAGGGCCGAACCAGCGAAAAAGAGACCCAUGGUCUUGAAAAUAGUCUUUGUCUGCAGUCAGCGCAACUAUGCCUUGCUCAAAGACUUUGAAUGGUAUUUUGACGUGUUGUUUGAGCUGGCCUUGUCGGAUGACCUGAACCAGCUAGUUUUGAUCAGAGACCAGCUGCUGGACAUCACUAUGCGCGUGGAGAGUCUGAGGCCUUAUGCAGUUAAGAAGUGCGUAGCCUUUUUGAACAGGCCAAUAUCGAUCGAUGAGUACAAAAGGGACUUUGGAGAAAUUUUGGGUGUAUUGACGUGGAUCAUUGGAGAAUAUGUCGCUCUAUUUAAAAAUCCAGAGAUUUUGUUAAAUUUCUUGCUGCAGUCUUAUGUCUACCAUCUGUCUGAACACAUCCAAGCUAUUUACGUCCAAACGGCUUUCAAAAUCUUCGCACAGCUCACAUCCGUCGAGGGCGAUCAUUCGAGUGCUCUCCUUCAGAUAGAGCAAUUUUUGCGACCCCUACUUCAGACUCCUCACUUUGAACUCCAAGAAAGGUCCUGUUUCCUCAGCAAUGUCAUAUCCCUCUAUAGAGAAGAUGGCGGCGACUUUUCCCAGCUGUUCAGUCCACCGUUGAGGCCCGUCUCUUCUAUUGCCCAAAGCCAGGUUCCCGUGCCCGAGGGGCUGAAUCUCGACGCGUCUGAUGAAGACAACUCCGCUCUUUUGUCGGACAUCAAAGAAACACUAAACGACUACGCGCGCGAACAGUUGAACCGAGACGGCCGAUUCUCCGCGUUCUAUCUACAAUCGAGCACCGACGGGCAGCAUAUCGCCCCUUCAAAGAGCGACCGCACCACCGGCAGUGACGACGCUGGCGCCUUUUCCGACCCCAUCUUGAUCACUUCUGACGAUUGCUCCUCCUCGGGACCUGACACCGAUGCGGUUAUUCGAAACAUAGAUCUGGAGCAAUUGAAACAAAAAAGGAAGGCGUACAUGCUUUCGAAAGCGAACAAUCCAGAAUACAUUCAGAGCGAAUCGUCGCCGCCCAUCGAACCUAUUUCGGCCGAAGCGCUCGGUAUCAAACCGGGAGAAAGGGCGUUCUCCGAGUUUUCUGAGGCCCUCUCUUUCGAUCUGGAAGCUACACAAAUCGGCCAAAUGCCAAAAAUACGCGAAGACGUCAUCUCCAAGAGCGCCGAGCACCCAAUCCUUCAAGACGAUAUGCCAGCGGGUGCCGUGAUAGACAGCACUGGACCCUCCGCAACGGGCGUCUUCUCGUCUCUUGAAUUCUCAUCUAGCACAUCACCCGUCUCCAGACCGCGAACAUCGACCAAGGAAAAGAGCCGGAAGCGUCGCGGCAAAAACGACCUUGACAAAUAAGAGACCAGUCGCGAGUCCCUCUUUUUCAGUCCGAACCUUCCGUCGCACGCAAAACGCCCACUCUGAGCAACCACUUUGACACCUCUGUCCGUUCUCGUCUGCCCCAUAUGCCUCCACGUCCAAAAAAGGUCACCGCGCAAAACCUCUUCGUCGCGCACGGCAAGACCCGCCGCUCCUCAAGGAAUCGCCCGCGCCACUGCUUCACAUGAGCAACGGCACUUCUCACGCUGGCGAAACUUCGGCAAAACCGCCUAAGCCGUGCCCAAAACGAAGGAUCCAGAGACCUCAAACACAGCGGCCCCGCAAGCCCCCACGUUACCUUGCGUGCUCUCAAAUACGCCCCACUCCGGUCCAUCUGGCUCGCCGCGCGAAACGGGUCGCACCGAGUCAAACGCGUACGGAGUGUGAAUUGACGAAUACAAGAAAAAAAAACUUUGACAACUUCAGUUUUCGAUGACGAGAGCAUGAAUGACGAGAGCACUCGUCCGACCUCCCUCGCGACCAGGUCGUGCCGAGCGACCCAGAGUUUUAAUUUGAUUCGGAUUCUCGGAGUGGGCGCUUUUGGCGAGGUCUGGCUUGCAUCUACUGGCAUUCGAAAAGGGAGCCCGGUAACUCCGUCAGAGAAGUUUGUUGCUAUAAAACGUAUCAGAAUCGAGCAGUUCGAGAAGUAUUUAGAGGUUGAAAUUCUGAAACAGAUCGAUCACCCGAAUUGCAUUCAUUGUACGCAAAAGUGCUAUGACAUGUAUGCACAAAAUUUAUAGCUCUAACUUGCGCAUACCAGUAAUAGGGACAUUUUAUAGUUACAAUUUCAGAGGAUUGGGCUAUUUGGUAGGUAAGCGAGCACCUUUUUGUAGAUGCCAGAACAUCGCAAAUUGAUUUCUUUUCUCGAAGAACAUUGUGUUUGAAUAUGCAGGUGCAGACUUGAGCUCUUUGAUUCAGGAGACCAGACGGAACACUCUUCCAGCUGGACGCAUCGCGAACAUCUUCAAGCAGGUAUUCGAGGCCCUUCGAUACCUUCACGAGAGGCGCAUUGUGCAUCGCGAUUUGAAGCCGUCGAACAUCAUGGUAGGCGAAGGGGAUCGCGUGAAGAUCAUCGAUUUUGGUCAUGCGAAGCGUAUUCCCGAAGUGCCAGGGAGUGAUUUUUUCUCGACUUGUUAGUACGUUUAUGCAGAAGGGAAAUCGCUCGCGAAAUGUUCUAACAGCCUGGCAAAAGCUGCGUCAGCAGGAAUUACAGAGCGCCCGAGUUGAUUUUCGGAAAUCCCAAAUAUGGGGUGGAAAUAGACAUAUGGAGUGUUGGAUGCGUAUUGGCGGAAACCAUACUGGGGAACGUUUUGUUCCCUGGGGAAAACAACGAAGAUCAGAUGUUUCGGAUUUUGUCCGUUCUGGGAGAGCCAACGAGGGAGGACCUCGAAGCACUUAUUCCAGGCGGUCCGCCACCGGAGACAGAAUCUUCGACCGUCAUCAAGGGGAUUUCGUUCGAGAAGGUGUUGCCAGAAUCACACAGAGCGUUUGCCGAUUUGCUGUCAAAU